CGCGCUGACCCGCACACAGAAAGGGAGGAAGAAGAGGAGGAGGAGAAGGGCAGCUGUUUGUGUCUGGAAGCUGCGCUCUACUGCUGCCUUUUUUUCCCCCACAUUCCCCUCCUCCUUCUGAAUCUUUUCCAACACUGAGCGACYGGAGCAGGAGGAACACCAGAGUGUUUUCAACAUGUUUGAACAAAUCUGAUUAUUUCCUCUCUAAAACCCAGAGAGUGCAUCGGUGAGGCGAGCAUCCUUCCUCCCGGAGCUGCGGAUGCUGCUGGAGUCAGAAACAGCAGCCUGCAGCAUCCCUGCCUUUGAUUCAGUGCUUCUAUAGGGUGAUACUGACCUUCCUCUGGCUUAAGGAUCUUCGUUUUGGAUAUACGUCAGCUAGUUAGCAGCAAAAGAGACUCAUGUUUGCCAACUGUCUUCUCAUCCCCUUCAUGCAAACACUGCCUCACAUCUAAAUCUGGUUUGUAAGCAGCCAAGAUGGCGCCCAGCUCCCAGCUUUGGCCUCUUCUAACCUUGCUCUGCAUGGGAUUUCUUCUUGCUUUCUUGUCACCUGUGAAUGGUAAAGAGUGUCCUCGUUUGUGCGUGUGCGAGAUCCGCCCAUGGUUUACCCCRCAGUCAACCUACAAGGAGUCAACAACAGUGGACUGCAAUGACUUGAAGCUGACGCACAUCCCUACCAACCUGUCAGCAGACACCCAGGUUCUGCUGCUCCAAAGCAAUGCCAUCUCUCACACCAGCGGAGAGCUGCAGGCUCUGGUUAAUCUGACAGAACUGGACCUGUCCCAGAACAACUUCACCAGAGUAGAAGCUGUGGGCCUCAUAAACAUGAACCACUUGACCACCCUGCAUCUGGAGGAGAACCACAUUAGUGAGCUGCCAGACCACUGCCUGGGAAACCUCUCCAGCCUUCAGGAGCUUUACAUCAACCACAACCAGAUCAGCACCAUCUCCCCUCGAGCRUUUGCGGGCCUGAGCAGUCUUCUGAGGCUCCAUCUCAACUCAAACAGGCUCCAUGUGAUAGACAGCCGCUGGUUCGAAGAAACACCUAAUCUUGAGAUCCUCAUGAUUGGGGAGAACCCAGUUAUUGGCCUUCUGGAUUUGAACUUUAAGCCUCUAGGAAGCCUGAGGAGUCUGGUUCUGGCAGGAAUGGAUCUCACAAAUGUUCCAGCGAAUGCGUUUGUGGGUUUGGAUAAUCUGGAAAGCAUUUCUUUCUACGACAACAAGUUGAUCAGAAUCCCCCAACUGGCCCUUCAAAAAGUUCCCAAUCUGAAAUUCUUGGAUCUAAACAAAAACCCAGUUCUAAAACUUCAGGAAGGAGACUUCAGAAACAUGCUGCAUCUUAAGGAGUUGGGCAUUAACAAUAUGAUGGAGUUGGUGUCUAUUGAUCGAUAUGCUUUGGACAACCUGCCAGAACUGACAAAACUGGAGGCCACCAACAACCCAAAGCUUUCUUACGUUCACAGACUGGCGUUCAGGGACAUGCCGUCUCUCGAGAGCCUGAUGCUGAACAACAAUGCUCUCACUGGUCUUUACCAGCACACGGUGGAGGUGUUGCCCAACCUGCGGGAGAUCAGUAUUCACAGCAAUCCAUUGCGCUGUGACUGUGUGAUACAGUGGAUGAGUUCCAACCGGACCACGGUGCGCUUCAUGGAGCCUUUGGCCAUGCUCUGCACCUCCCCACCAGAACUCAGAGGCCAGCGAGUUCGAGAACUACAGCUGCUGGAGUCCCCAGAGCAAUGUCUCCCCCUCAUAUCGCAUGACACUUUUCCCAGUCACUUGAACCUUGAGCUGGGAGUGAGUGUCAGCCUGGACUGCCGGGCAAUUGCUGAACCAGAACCAGAGAUCUACUGGGUGACCCCUCUGGGUAACAAAAUCACAACAGACACUCUGUCUGAGCGAUACCACUUAAGCAGUGAAGGAACUCUGCAUCUCUCUCACAUGCAGGUGGAAGAUUCCGGUCGUUACACCUGCGUGGCACAAAACACAGAAGGCGCAGACACUUGGGUCGCAACAAUCCGCGUCAACGGGACUCUGCUCGACAGCGCUCAGGUGAUGAAAAUCUACGUCAAGCAGACCGAGUCCCAUUCUAUCCUGGUGUCAUGGAAAGUCAAUUCCAACGUCUUGUCCUCCAACUUGAAGUGGGCCUCGGCCACCAUGAAGAUCGACAACCCGCACAUCACCUACACCGCUCGUGUUCCGGUCGAUGUGCACGAGUACAACCUCACGCACCUUCAACCAGCCACCGAGUACGAAGUAUGCCUCACAGUCUCCAACAUCCACCUGCAGACACACAAGUCUUGCGUCAACGUGACGACACGCGGUGCCACCUUUGCCCUGGACCUGUCGGACCAGCACCCGAGCGUGGCCGUGCUGGCGGCCAUGUCGACCAUGCUGGCCUUUAUCAGUUUGGCCACUGUGGGCGUCUACAUGGCACGCAGAUGGAAAAGAAAAAACUACCACCACUCCCUGAAGAAAUACAUGCUAAAGACCUCCUCCAUCCCACUUAAUGAGCUCUACCCUCCACUCAUUAACCUGUGGGAGGCUGAUGGCGAGAAGGACAAAGAUGGCAGCACAGAGGGGAAACCUUCUCCUGUCGACACCACACGUAGUUAUUAUAUGUGGUGAGGACACACUGAAAGAGGCUCACGUCCUCUCCAGCAGCACAAUAAGAAACUCUUUUGCCAUUUUGGUGCAAAAGUCAAACAAAGUUGCAAAUGUUUUUUUGUAAUAUGAGCUUUGCUAAUGAGAAGCAGAGUGAUCGAGAGCAAGAUUUUUUAUUAGUAUAGCGUAUCGCCUUUUGUUUGAUCUCUUUUUUUGUUUGGACUCUCCGAGAUGGCAGCUGUAUUUAGCCUUCAGGUUGUCUUAGUUGCUCUACUUUGUUUCUGUGGUGCAUUUUUGGGACUAGUUUUAUUUUGGAUUAUUGAUCCUUGCAGCAGGAGCAAACCAUCUUCUUGCGAGGUAUUGUAGAAAAAAAAGUUUUGUUUUGUAAAACGGUCAAUCUGUUGUGCACUGAUAGAAAAAGAGGUUUGUAAGAACUUCAAUUUAAAAGCUGAGAGCAGGGUUUAGACUCGUUGAAACGUCUAAUUAAUGUUAGCAGUUGUGCAGUAAUGUAUCAACUAUACCUUUGAACUUUCCAAUUUACACUGCGUAAAAGUAGAAUUUUAGUUUGCUAAAAAAUAAUAGAAAUACAAACAUUUUGU